AUGCUUUUUUCCAAGCCUCCAGCAUACACCGAAAAAGAAGACAAAAAAGUCAACCAAAUAUAUACGACUGAGUUGGUUAGCAUGACUGUUCAAGUCUGUUCCCGUAUUGACUUUCUGAUUUCAAUCAUCACAUGUGUCACAUCAUUCGUUCUCUCUGCUUUCAAUAUUUUCAAUGGUUACGUUCUGGUUGGUUUUCUUUUCACCUCGAUCUUUAAAACCAUCUCAAUCCUUGUUGCAAUUCUCUUGAUUCUAACCGACAACACUUUCUACUAUGACACUGUCUACAACGCUUUGUCUGAGAACUGCGGAACAAAUAACUGUGUAGAUGAGAGCACAAUGAACGUUGUUGUCGCUUUUAUCUUUUUCUCAGUUUCUGCCGUUAUCACUUUCUUCAUGACUCUGAAUGUUCUAAUCAUCGGAAGCCAAAUUCUUCGCAAAUACGACGAAGCUCACUACCAAAUGAUUCUAACAAAAUAUGAUACGAGAACUGCUCAACUUUUCUACUAA